AUGCCUACGGCCAAGCGUCAAAAGAAGAGCGGCGAGGCUCAAGCUGCGCCGUCGACUCGAUCCAAAACAAAGACCACCGGCGAACGACCGACCGUCGCAGAUAUUGAGGGGGAGAGCGCUUUCGCUCAGAUCGCUAAAAAGCAUUGGCUCAAAUCCAACAAGAAGCCGGUGAAGGUCAAGGUCAAGAAUGAUGUCCUCAAGCAAGAGAUUUGGGAUGUUUUGGAGCACGAUGGCUUUCCUUACAAGUCCAUCCUGACAUUGGAAAGCUUGCAGACACUGGAGAGCUGGCUAUGGCCCGGAUAUACGGACGAUUCUUCUAACCAUCAUGUUCUACUUAUCGUUCUUCUCAUCAACGUGAAGCGCCGCGAACAGCUUGAGGCCUGGAGUAUAUUCGAAGACAAAGCGGACGAUUUCUCGAGCUUGUUCAGACGGAUCUUGUCGAUGACCCUGGACCAGACGCUUUCGCCUACCAUCAAGACACAUCUGCUGUCGUUCUUGAUAUCGGCUUUCCAAAGCUUGGAUUGUGCUGUCGUGAGAAAGGAAUGCGCGCCCUUGGUUUCCAUCUCCAUUUGGCAUAGUCUGUCGACGGAGGAGCUGCGCGAGGAGAAGCUUGAUCAAAAAGCUCAUGUGCGAAAGGCAUGGAGGGCGGCAGGAAAGAGAUAUGAUACCGCUGAUGAUGCCACGAAGGCGAAGCUGCGAUUUGACAGGUCGUGGCUAUACACAAUGGUCUUGCAUUUUCUGAGUUUGAUUUACACGGAAAAUGCGAAGCCAGAUCAAAUAUUAUACUGCGAACGUCUCGUUGAAUUCCUGACGGACCUUCAGAGCCAGCUUCCGACUCGACGCUACGUCAACUCUCUUUUGCUCGAUCUGCAUGUGCUGUCUGCCAUGCGGCUAUCUCCAAUGUUCAACGAUGAAGACAACAGUCUUUUACGAGACCUUCAUACGCUUCUCCGCCACUACACUUAUUUCACGAUUGACGACCAGACGGGCGCACAGCUCAGUCGGACCGAAGCUUACGACAAACACUGCGCGAAUUUGUCGCGGCUACAGAAGGUGUCGCUGAAGUACUUCAAAGAGAAGCUCACCGUGUUGGCCUUAUCCAACUAUGGCUCCAUUGACAAGAGAGACGAGCUCUUGGGUCUGCUGGAGCCGCUCACGGAUGAUGAGGUGGUCGAGUUGGCACGACUGCUUCGUCUCCGGACCGCCUACCCUGAAUCGUUGGGCGUGAACAUCGAUCGAAAGUUCCUUACUGAGGUGAUUCUUACAACUUUUGAAAAGCGCAAAACUUUCGAAGAAGUGGCUCGCGGCAUGAGUCUCGUGCCCACUGAGCAGUCUAUGUUUGAGAACAACAUCAUGAGGACUGACACCUACGACGGAUCCCGGCCACUGGCGUUGCCAAAGUUGAACCUGCAGUAUUUGUCUGUUGGCGACUUCCUAUGGAGGUCAUUAAUUUUGUACCGCGCUGAAUCUUUCUACGGCAUCAGGAAAGAUGUGGAGUCAGCUAUUCGUCGUCUCCGCCCUGAAAGCCGGAGGCCAGGGGAGACGAGUUUCCAAGGAUUCUCCAAGAUGGCACUGCCAACAACAAAACCCUCGAUUCUCGAGGUUGUCCCGGCGCUUGUAGGUGACGACAAGCCUUCACUUGUGCGGGCAGAGAUCUCCAUCGACGUCCGCCGCUUGAACGACGGUAUCAGACGCGAAUGGGAUUCACUGAGACCUGACGAUGUUGUCUUUCUGCUUGCCAUCCAGGCGCCUCCCCCUAACAGCAUCGCCAAUGGAGACGCUUCCGAGGCUGAAAAGCUCGGGAUUGUCUCCAUUCGUUCCGCUGAAAUUAUUCAGAUCACAGACGAUAAGGGCAAGGUCGUGCGCGACGGUGUUGGUCAUUACGAUAACCGCCGGAGAUUGCAGCUGAGGCUGGAUUCAAGGACAUACGCAUUGGAUGCCGAGCGAUCUUCGACGAACCCCCCUGAGGCAUAUGAGAAGAUUAACGUCGUGAUGCGUCGUAGCGGAAGAGAAAACAACUUCAAGCCUGUCUUGGAAUCCAUCCGCAGUUUGACGCUUUCCGAAGUCCCUAUUGCCUCUUGGUUUCAUGAGGUUUUCCUCGGGUACGGUGACCCGGCCGGUGCAACUUACAAGCAGCUGCCGAACCGGAUCAGAACAAUCGACUAUCGCGACACGUUCUUGGACUGGCAACAUCUUACGGGAAGCUUGCCUGGAAAGAUCGUUGAGCCUAGCGAUGAUGUCACUGGCAGCUUCGGACCACCAUAUGUGCUGGAGACGGCCGAAAAGCAGGUUGUCGAGCCGCCUUCAAAGCCCUCGAAGAAGCGCCGUCGUGAUAUUGAGCCUGCUCUGCUAGCAGAGGUUGAAACUGUCAAAGUGUCCACCUAUAAGCCGCCAAACAUGGGCCCGUAUCCGGUCGACGCACCGAAACUGAACACAGUACGAUUCACUCCGGCGCAAGUCGAGGCGAUUACUUCUGGAACGCAACCCGGACUUACAGUCAUUGUCGGACCACCUGGCACGGGAAAAACCGAUGUCGCAACACAAAUCAUCAACAACAUUUACCACAACUUCCCGGAACAAAAGACACUGUUGAUUGCUCAUAGCAACCAAGCCCUGAAUCAGUUGUUUGCAAAGAUCGUUGCUUUGGAUAUUGAUGAGCGUCAUCUUCUACGUCUCGGCCACGGAGAAGAAGAACUCUACACAGAAGGCAACUUCAGCAAACACGGUCGCGUAGAAUCAUUCUUGGAGAACCGGGACCGGUAUCUACAGGAGGUCAAUCGCCUGGCCGUCAGUCUCGGAGCGCCAGGCGCCCACGGCAACUCUGCCGAAACCGCCGGCUACUUCAAUUCAGUCUAUGUCGAACCAGCAUGGGCGAAAUUUACAGAUGUCGCGAAGCGCGAAGAAGCUAGCACCGCUGACAUUAUCAUGGCGUUCCCGUUCCACGGCUUCUUCUCAAACGCACCUCAACCUGUUUUCGCCCCCGAAGCAGACCGAGAGACUAUCCUCGAUGUUGCAAGCGGGUGUUAUCGACACAUCCAGAAGAUUUUCUCCGAACUGGCCGACGCGAUGCCGUUUGAGAUUUUGCGCCGAGAAAGGGACAAGACAAACUACCUCCUCACCAACGAGGCACGAAUCAUUGCCAUGACUUCGACACACGCGGCCAUGAGGAGAGGCGAGAUUGCCUCCCUCGGAUUUCACUAUGACAAUGUAGUCAUGGAGGAAGCUGCGCAAAUCACGGAGAUCGAGAACUUUAUUCCCCUAGCUAUGCAGAAGCCCCAGCACGGACAGAUGGCGCUGCAAAGAGUUGUUCUUUGCGGUGAUCACUUCCAGAAUUCUCCAGUCAUCCAAAGCCUAGCGUUCCGUCACUACGCAAACCUGGAACAAUCGCUCUUCUCACGGCUCGUUCGACUUGGAGUUCCUACAAUCAAUCUUGACCAGCAAGGAAGAGCUCGUCCUUCCAUUGCUAGCCUUUACCAGUGGCGGUAUCCCAAGCUAAGCAACUUGCCGCACGUGGAGAGCGAGGGCGAAUACCUCGCGGCGAACGCCGGGUUCAAGUACGACUACCAGUUCAUCAACGUCCCCGACUACAAGGGUCGCGGUGAGACGGAGCCGACUCCCCAUUUUGUACAGAACCUCGGGGAAGCGGAGUAUGCGGUGGCUGUAUAUCAAUACAUGCGUCUACUUGGCUACCCGGCCUCCAAGAUCAGCAUUCUCACAACGUAUGCUGGACAGCGAGCCCUGUUGAAGGAUGUUUUAGCUCACAGGUGUGCCAACAAGGCCGUUUUUGGUAUGCCCAGGGUUGUGACGACCGUGGACAAAUACCAGGGCGAGCAGAACGACUACAUCAUUUUGUCGUUGACUCGCACAUCAAGAGUUGGAUAUCUCAGAGACAUUCGACGUAUGACCGUCGCGCUGUCGCGUGCCCGCCUGGGCUUGUACAUUCUCGGACGCCGCGAGAUCUUUGAGGCAUGCUACGAGCUUCGGCAGGCCUUCGAACAGCUGUUGGCUCGACCGGACAAGCUGAUGCUCGUUACCGGCGAGAUGUGGCCGGCAGAGAGACAGCUCGCUGGAGCCGACAGGGCCGAAGUGCCCGGGGAGGUCUGCAUGGAGGGCGUGGAGCACCUUGGCCAGUACGUGUACGAGAUGACCAACACCAAGGUCAAUCAAAUGCAGGCAGAGGGCGCGAUUCCGGGCGAGGCCGAGAUGGACAUCCAGGACACGCCCUUUGACGACGUGGAAGAGGUUGCAGAUGAGGAUGACGACGUGGGGCCGGAGGAAGCCCCAGCAAAUUCCGAGGCGUGA